AUGAACGCACGAAGCCUACGACGAUUAGCGGCAGAUCAUGGCAGUCUCCACAGCGAGCCUCUACCUCCAAACUACCUCUUUCCAGCCUCCUCUACCAACGACGACGACCUGACACAGCUGGACGUACUGCUUGCUGGACCUAGCCAUACGCCCUUUGCAGGAGGACUGUUCAAGCUCCAUCUUACCAUACCUCCAAACUACCCACAACAACCUCCCACGGCACAUUUCCGGACUCCAAUCUUCCAUCCCAAUGUUGAACCACAGACUGGAGGCGUCUGUGUGGAGACAUUGAAGCGUGACUGGGAUGUCAAGCUCACCCUCAGGGACAUCUUGGUCGUCAUAUCAUGUCUACUCAUCCAGCCAAAUCCGGACAGUGCACUCAAUGCAGAGGCGGGCGGUCUGAUACAGGAUGACUACAGUGCAUUCGGAAGGCGGGCGGGACUGAUGACAAGCAUCCACGCGAAAGUCCCGGUUGAGCUACGAGAUGCUGUGACAGAGGCGCGGAGCAGAGGCCAUAUCACGGAGAUGGAAGCUCAAGUAGAGGACAAGGUCGAUAUAAUGGACUUUGCUUCUGUACAGCCAGCAGCUCCAGCUAGGCACAGGAGACCAAUUGCCACGGCGCGACAAAGAGGCACUACCGGCCUAAGAAGGAGUGAAGGCUCGCCCACUGGCGUCAUUGGCAGACGACGAGCUCGAAGUCCGCCACAGCAGCCUUUUGUGCUCCAAGCUAGGCAGGAUGAUAUCUUCGGCGACUUGCCACGCUUUCCCGCGCUCCAGCAGCCAGCUCCUUCAGUAUCGGACGACGACAGCAUGCACGAUGCCGAUCAGGAGAACGACGAGGCCUUCUCCCCGGCGAAACCACAAAGUACUCCCAAAGCAGCCACUCCACGUCGACCGCAAGGACCAGCUAUACCACUUGGCGAGUUGUCAAUGGAGGAUGUCGAGUCCGACGACACAGAGGACGACAUGGACAUUACUGAGUACCCGCCCAGCCCACGCAAGAGUCCUUCGAAGAGCGCGCAGAAGCCAAUACGAAGACCGGAUCUAUUCAACAGGCCAGAAAGCAGCCGCGAUGCACUCCGACGAGCACCAAACAUCACGCCACCCCAGACGAUCGACGAACCACUAGCCAACGGCUCACCCUUUGCAGCUUUCCGCGAUUCGACGCCUUCGCCACGCAAAGUCAGAAUUGCACGACCUACGAGUCCUGGCCGAGCACCUGCGAGGCUUGCUGGGUUGUUCGCUGGUGUCAGUACACUGAAGGAUAGAGGUGCAGUCGUGAAAGCUAAGUCGCCUUCAUCGAUCAACAGGAAGCAGGAGGAGGAGUCGAGACGAGCGGAGCUGGACGCGAAGCUUUGGAUGCUGUGUGGUCAGGAUGUUCGACGUUGGAAUGAAGGAGACUUUGAUGAGCAGCCUUUUCCGCUGAAAGCGGCUCGUUGGUAG